CCGACUUCAACCUCUAACACACUUGACUUUGGCAAUUGUGUGAUGAUCGAGCACGACGACGUCCUUGCUAGCUCGCGCCUGGCCAUGCUUUAAUACACCGUAUAUACAGAAGGACAAAUUAUAGGGGAAAAGGAACAAAAGCGCGCUCCCUGACGAUCAGACAACCUAGACACGUCCUGGACAGAGGUUCCAGAUCGCCGCAAAACUGCAUAUAUACCGGCUCUCCUUCCUUCCCUCUUCCCCGACGAACAGGUACAUCUCCCGCUUCGGUCUCAACACAUCAUGAGUAGACCAGAUGAUCCCGUAAAAUGCAUCUCUCUCUCUCUCUCUGUCAGCUCGAGCUAAUCUUCCUGCAGUACCGAAUAUCGCUUGUCCAGCCCCUGGGCGAUCUUCAGCUUCAGUCCGAGCUCAUGCUCCGCGAUCUAAGAAAACUGCACUCCUUGUUACUGAAGGCCUAUUCUCCUGAUCUCUGGCGCGCCUAUCGACGCAUUGCAGCCGAGGUGGACUUGCACGCCAACAAGGUUCGCAUAGUCGCCAUGGUGUGCUCGAAUAUUUUCGACGACCUCGGCAAAGACCUCACAACUCAUCAACUUCAAAUCGGGCAAAGCAACUUCCGUUGCUUGCUCGAGGACUUGCAUAGGAUACCCGAGAUCGCAUCUAUCACCUCGGCACUAGAUGCACUACGGCAGACGAUGCGCACGCAUCUCGUGUACCCAUGGGGCCUGGACGAGUUCGUUUAUGGGACGCUCAUCCCUUUUGUACAGCGGCACGACCUUCCUGUAGGAUUUCCCAGAGCAGAGGCUCUGCUCCAAGGCAUACCGCUCUUGGCGGCCAUCGACGAUCAUGUGCAUGCCACCGUGCGUAUUGCACAAGCGUGGAUGCCGAUCUGGCGUGGACUUUGUGAAGGAUUCAGCCCGAAGGCCGUCCUGCGCAUUCACCAGCUGCCGCCCGACGUCCGAAAGCGCGUCAUCGAGCCGGUGGCAGCAAUCAUAGAGAUCACAGCGCGUUGCAGAUAUGAUAUGGAUACGAUAUCUCUGAUGAUCGCAUUUUGUAAUACUGAUGGGACGGGGCGCUUGUCAAUGGACGACAUGGACGACCCUACGUACCUACCUUGACUCACAAGGGGAUUAUCGAUUCCAUCAUACUCUGUUUCACCGGUCGUUGAAGUCACUCUGCAUUA